AUGCUAACCAAUAUGGAGCAUGCUCAGAUCCAGACAUCUGAUGGCACUCAAGUGGUUACUUUGAACGGUCAACAACUACAAGUACUUCAGAUGAAUAGUUCUCCACAUAUGGUACAGGGCCCUAAUGGACAGCAGAUCAUGGUCCACACUGUACCUUCUGGAGCACCAGCUAUACAGGUUGCUGCACCAAAUGGUCAACAGAUUCAAGGCCUGCAAGUUGUUCCACUAUCAAGUAUUCAGGGUGCAAACAACAAUGUACAAACAAUGCAGCUUGUUCAGACACCAGAUGGACAGACAUUUCUGUACCAACCGACACAAACCAUAGAUCAGCACCAAGUUAUUCAUCAACCUGCUGUAUUAAAUUUUGGAAACCUUGUCCAAGUAGCUCAACCGCAACAGAUUGUCAAUCAACCCAACAUUGUUAUGAUGGUAAAUGGUAACAAUAGCGGAGCGACAGCCACAACAGAGGGUGCAGCAGUAGCCAGCACAAACUGCGCCGGAUCAGACGAGGAGCCCUUGUUGUACGUAAACGCAAGACAGUACAAGCGGAUAUUAAAACGUAGAGCGGCGAGGGCGAAACUACAUGAACAAGGGCGGAUACCUAAAGAGAGACCGAAAUACCUUCACGAAUCUCGGCACAGGCACGCUAUGAAUAGGAUAAGGGGAGAAGGGGGCAGAUUUAACUCUGGCAGUAGGAGGAAUAUGGAGACGCAAGCGGAAGACCCGGCAAAGCACGGCAUUGAUGACGUGAAGCCAGAUGUCUCUAUCACUAUCAUACAGAACGAAGAAAUAGACGAACAAACAAACCAAUGGCGAAGGCUCGCGCCACACCCGAUGCAGUCUGCGUAG